AUGGGUCGGAAACGUACAACUGGUGGCAGCGGUACCGCCUCAGAGGCGGAAACGGACCCGUAUAGAGAACAAAUUUUGUGGAGUAGAGGCAAUUUUCAACCUCAACCGCCUGAGUUUAAUCUCGAUGAUGAUUUUGAGGCUUGGGGGGACAAAAUGGAGCGAUUUCUGCGAUACGAAGAACCAAGGUCUCGUUCACACAUGGUAAUGAGAAACCUGGCUGCUCCUGCCAGGCGGAUUGUCGUAAUGUCUGGCUGCUCCGACGACACUCCGUACGAACAGCUACUUGAAAAGUUAUCUACGCUGUUCUCGAAGGACGCCGAGAGCAUCUUGCAGAAACUUGUUAGUCGACGAUAUCGGUCUGGCGAACGUGUCGAUGACUAUAUGGCCGAAAUUCAUGAUUUGGUCCGAAGGACUUACCCAGGGUCGAUGCACGAAACCCUGACGGUAACCCACGUUCUCCGGGGUCUACCGGACAAGAUCGCUUUAAGGCAUGCCGGGCUUAUAACGUGCUCAAUUGCAGACGUACAGAAGGCCCUCACGGCGGACCCAGAACUGGGGGACAAAGUCCAGUUUUCCACACCGGCUCAGCCAAGUCCCGUUCUACAGUGGCGACAGAAAACGAACGUGUUCCAAGGGCCGAGAUCCAGAGGACCCGGCGGACAAUGGACGGGGAAACCUCGCGGCGGCGAAGGUUCUAAGAAGCCUCCAGGUGCGUCUGUUCCAUGCCCUGCCAUUCAUGCGUCAUGUGCUGACACUAGACCCUUUAUAUCUAUAGGUGUAUGCAAUAGGUUGAUGCAUUUUCUAGUUGAUACGGGGGCUGGAUGCUCGUUAGUCAACCCAAGACGGUUCCCGCAGAAGAUGUUCGAUCCAUACCUGGUGGCGUCAUCAAUUAAUGUUAAAGCGGCGAACGGUACUGUUAUGUGUAGCAAGGGUUGUGUUGAUAUCGCACUCACUAUUACCGGCAGUGUGUACCAGCAUACUUUAUAUCUAUGCCAUGAUAUGCCAUACGAUGGUAUAUUAGAGUCAGACUUCCUUGAUAGGUACGAUGGCGAAUAUAGCCGGCCACAUCGGUGUUUACGCCUUGGGUCUCAAGAGGUACCGGUGGUUUAUGAGCAGAGCAAUGGUGCCAUAUCUGCCAUUACAACUCAGACCCACCCAACUCCAGAUGAGCUAGACCUACUGGUGAGCACAAAAGCACAUAGUAAGGGGCUCGACCUCACUCAGCUUCGCAAGCUGGUCCAAGAAUAUGCAGACGUAUUUGCGUGGGAGGGAGCAGACACCGGUCGAACGAAUGGUGCGCUCCAUGACAUUCACACGACAGAGGUAGGCAUCAUUCGACAACGGCCCCGACGGAUACCUGUGGCGUAUCAGCAGGCAGUUGAGGAAGCCAUUGUAGAUAUGCUACAGAAGAAGAUCAUCAAACCGUCGUCAUCCCAUUGA